AACAAAACACACCAACUAUUACUAAAAUCUCCUGCCAGAUUUUCCUUUCACAUCUCUCUUUCUCUCUCUAAAAACUCCAAACUUUUUUUUUUUGAUUUGUGGAAUUACUCUUGUUCAUACCUGGUUGGUUAACCAUACCAUCCUCCUCCUCUUCAAUCUCUCCAUUUCAUAUACACAUAGAUUUUUUUUUUUUUAUUUUCAUAAAAAAAGUUUAUUUUUUUUGUCUUGUUGCUGAUACCCAUUAGCAUUUUAUUUUCUGGGGUCAAUGCGGUCAAAUUCUCUGAAAAUUAGGGUUUCAAUCGGUUCUCUGGGUUGAUUGAUUUCGGUUCUUUCUGUUAAAGUAAUGUAGUUAGAGAAGAUUGUGUUGUUAUUGUUGUUCUAAAUAGUAAUAAAAAUUUCAUCUUCAUUUUUGUGGGUUACACUUUUUAUAAAUUUUGCUCCUUUUUGAUUUGCCCCUCUGUUUCACGCGAAUCGGGUGAAUAGAUUUGGAAAUCUCAUUGGAUUUGAGUGUAUUAUCGAAAAAAGCUUGGAACUUUUGACCCCUUAGGUGCUGAAUUAGGAAUAAAACCAAAUCUGAGAAGAAAAGGGUUCUUAUAGUUAGUGGAUAUAGGUUAAUUGAAGGGUCAAUUCACUAUGGAUCAUGUGAUUGCUGGAAAGUUUAAACUUGGAAGGAAAAUUGGAAGUGGGUCUUUUGGGGAGCUUUAUAUAGCUGUUAAUGUACAAACUGGUGAGGAGGUAGCUGUCAAGCUGGAGCCUGUGAAGACUAAGCAUCCGCAGCUUCACUAUGAAUCAAAAUUGUAUAUGCUUCUUCAAGGAGGAACGGGGGUGCCUCAUCUGAAGUGGUUUGGAGUUGAGGGAGACUACAAUGUGAUGGCGAUCGACCUUCUUGGGCCCAGUCUGGAAGAUCUAUUCAAUUAUUGUAACCGGAAGUUAACAUUGAAGACUGUGUUAAUGCUUGCUGAUCAACUAAUUAACAGAGUUGAAUAUAUGCAUUCAAGAGGUUUCCUUCACCGUGACAUAAAGCCAGACAAUUUUUUAAUGGGCCUAGGACGUAAAGCAAAUCAGGUCUACAUCAUUGACUACGGCCUCGCCAAAAAAUUCAGAGAUCUUCAGACUCAUAAGCACAUACCGUACAGAGAAAACAAGAACCUUACAGGAACAGCUCGGUAUGCGAGUGUCAACACUCAUCUUGGAAUUGAACAAAGCAGAAGGGAUGACCUGGAAUCUCUUGGUUACGUUCUCAUGUACUUCUUAAGAGGAAGUCUUCCUUGGCAGGGACUGAAAGCGGGUACCAAAAAACAAAAAUAUGAUAGAAUCAGUGAGAAGAAGAUGACAACUUCCAUCGAGGUGCUUUGCAAAUCAUAUCCUUCAGAGUUCGGAUCAUACUUCCACUACUGCCGAUCUUUGCGGUUUGAAGACAAGCCUGACUACUCCUAUUUAAAGAGGCUUUUUCGAGAUCUAUUUAUUCGAGAAGGCUAUCAAUUUGACUAUAUUUUUGACUGGACUAUAUUGAAGUAUCCGCAGAUUAGUGGAAGCUCUAGAGGGAGGCAUGACAGUGGCAAGGCGGCUAUGAAUGCAGGGCCAUCUGUACAGAGGCCAGAAAAGACCUCAGUCGGGAAAGAGCUUCGAGAGAGAUUCACUGGGGCUGUUGAAGCAUUCUCACGGAGGAACCCAACAAGUUCCAGUCCUCGCCGUGACCAUUCUAAACAUAGGGGUUUUGAGGAUGUAGCAGCCAUACCCAAGGAUGCGCAUCAUGAUCAAGACAAGGGACGCAAUUCCGGACGAUAUGGAAGCAGUUCAAGAAGACCUAUAAUCUCCUCAACAUCCAAGCCAAGUUCAUCAGGUGAUCAUACUGACAGUCGUACUGGCCGGCUGACCUCUAGUAGCCGUCCAUCAACCGCACAAAGAGUUCAACCUAUGUACGAAACCAAACAACCAACCUACACACGACCAGGAUCUUCUAGAGGCAACCGCGAUGAUCCUCUGCGGAGUUUUGAACUCCUCUCAAUCAGGAAGUAAACAAAUUCAGUAUCCUUUUGUUGGAAAACAUCUUCGAAAUUCUAACGCACCUGUUGCUGUUAUUGAUUCGGGAAAGAUAUCAAAUAUGAUGGAGUCAUGUUCGUGUAUAUUACUGAAUUAACAUGAGGUCAUAUAAACAACUUCAUUCCUGAUAUCAUUUUCUGGACCAAUGUGGACUUAAUUUCUUCCUAAAACAUGCUCUAGAGAACGUUGUUCUGUUUUUGUUAUUUAAACUUGAGAGUUGUAGUUUAUGAUGCAAUUGUUACUGUUGUUUUUUGUA